AAAAUCUGUAUCCCCGGCUCUUUGGUUGUACCCCGGGGCGGGGGACGGGUAGUCUGCAGGUGGCCACUGACCGGGGGAGAGGCACUGGGCUAAUUUGAUUGGAUGAAGCAGCUAGGAGUGCCACCCUGCCAGCAUCCUCUCCCGUCUGCAGCACCAGCCUUCCUCCGGCUUACUGCAGGCACCUUCUGCCAUCGUUCAUCUUCCAGCACCGCUCCUUCUUAUCUGCACAGUUGAUAUCAGGCAAGAUGAGUCGGGCGUAUUCCGAGAACAAUAAUUUUCCUUAUGACAAUAACCAGAUGGUUUUGGACAUGAUUCUGUAUUCACUGGUGGGGGUCCCUCAGCCAAUCAACUGGGACAGUGUUGCAAGACUUGUGCCAGGAUAUUCAUCAAAAGAGUGUGCCAAAAGAUUUGAGGAAAUAAAAAGUAGUGGGACGUCGCCUGUGGACAAUCAGUACAAUCCACUGCUGGCUACAGGGGGAACACCUCUGGAAAGCCUGGCCACGUAUAUCAAGUCGUCCCUGCUCGACCCUGCUGAGGAACCAGAGGAUGCGGCAGCAGGACAAGGCACCAACACUGUCACAGGGAGAUCUAGUGCUUCUUCAACAAGAAAGUGCCCUACAGAAAAUGGUAAAUCCCCUUUUUCCAUGGAUGAAGAGAGUAAAGAAGGAAGCCAGGGGCCAAACAUGGUCAUUCAUGUAUGUGAUGAAGCCAAGAAUCUGAGGGAAGACUUUGUGUGUCCUCGAGAUCUGCUCGUAUCUGAGAUGAAGUACUUUGCAGAAUAUUUAUCUACAGAUGCCCAGCGAUGGGAGGAGGUUGACAUCUCUGUUCAUUGUGAUGUACAAAUCUUUAACUGGCUCAUAAAGUAUGUCAAGCGGAAUUCAAAUGAAAGCGACCAGCAAGACGUACCAAAGCUGGAGCCCGGAAAUGUGAUUUCAAUACUGAUUUCAUCAGAAUUCCUAAAGAUGGACUCAUUAGUGGCAGAAUGUAUUGCCUACUGUCACAAGAACAUAAGCGCGAUUGUUGCCACUCCAUGCAAUAUGAACUGCAUCAAUGCAAACCUCUUAACAAGGAUUACAGAUCUCUUUACACACAAUGAAGCAGAUGACAUAAAAGACAAAAAAGACAAGUUUAAGAGCAAAAUAUUCUGCAAAAAAAUUGAAAGACUGUUUGACCAAGAGUAUGAAAAUCCAGAUUCUCCAGCCAAUGCCGGGACACUAUACAGAUGCUGUUUGUGUAAGAAGCUGCUGACAAAGGACGUUGAACAGAAGAUUGCAUGUCUACCUGGGAAAAUCAACAUCGACCAGCAUGGAAAUAUUGUUUACUUUCACAGAAGGGACAAAACUUGGGAUGUUCAUGAAUACCUGACAAGUUUAUUUGAGGAGAUGAAGUCUUGGCAGGAGGUUUAUUGGCGUUUAUGGGGCACUAUAAAUUGGCUUAACUGCUCCAGAUGUAAGCAGACGUUCCUGCUGAAUGAGUUGUCCCAUUGUCAGUAUCAUCCUGAGCCGGCAUUGUAUCCACUCGAUUCUCCUGGCGCUGGAGUCUAUCCCUGCUGUAACCAAAAAGUCCUGAGAUUUGAUCCUGCACAGCUUCCAAAGGGCUGUAAAGUCCGAGACCACAUUAUUGGUUUACCUGGAGGAGAUGCACCAAAGAGUCAGUCUAUGAACUUACUAAGUGACCUCUUACAAAGAAGGGAUAUUAUAGUUGUCCCUUUUUCUAAAGACUUUUAUGGGGAUUCUGGGAUUAGUCUAAGUCAAGAUAAAACUGUAGAAUGUGAUGUCCAGCUAGAGCCGAGCGCUGCAUGUGGGCAGAAGACCGGGGAGAUGAACGCUAAGCAACAGUCACUGCUGUCAGAAGAUGACGACUACACUACUGGGUCUGAGGUGACAGAGGAUGAGGUUGGGGAUGAAGAAGAAGUGUCGAAAAAAAUAGGAAGAAAAGAAAAACCAAAGAAAUUCAAUAGACAGCUAAAAAAACACAAGUCGUCACCAAGUAUUCAUAAAAAGGAAAGACCACAAGAAAAGCCAUCUCGAGACUCUUCUCCAUUUACAGUGAGUACACAGAGAAGUAAAUGGGACGCAUCUCGCUCCUUGAGGUUUAACCAGGAUGCUCAGAGAGAAGAAGAUCAGAGAAGAAUGACAGAAAUUACAGGUCAUUUGAUAAAAAUAAGACUCGGAGACCUGGAUUGUAUGAAGACCAAAGAUGGGAAGGAACAGGCAGGUGGAAUUUACUCCAGACUUGAAGCUCAGAUCAAAGCCUCUGUCCAAACAAAUACCCGGCAAAGUAACACAGAAAAGAACCCCAGGUCUAAACCUCGUUUUGGAAUUGGACGGCCAACAUAAGUAUAGGCUUUAUACCUGUAUGUAUGCUUUAGGUAGUCAUUAGCAUUAAUGAUCUGUCCAUGUGGACAGUGGAUAUUUAUUAACACUUUUAAUGUAUGCUUGACAUGUUUUUGCUGUUUGGAAACUGCUAGAAUGA